AUGUACUUUGUCGAACAACUAGAAUUUAUUAUCAAGUUGGGAAUCCUCAAGGUUCACGCUACGGACAAAGAUAGUGGUUUGUUUGGGCGUAUUCAAUAUACUUCCAUUAUUGGAGCAGGUAGCGAAGCAUUUAUAAUUGAUCCUAAUACUGGAGAGAUCUCCGUAAGCAUGUUAACGACAGUCCUAGACCGCGAAUUUACUCCAAUGAUUCAAUUAACUGUAGAAGCGCGAGAUGAAGAUGGAAAUGGAUUGAGGAAUACAGUCCCUCUAAUAAUCAAUCUAUUAGACGUGAAUGAUAAUGCGCCUAUUUUUGAAAAAGACAGUUACGAAUUUAUUUUAAAUACUAAGUCUUCAAACUUCACUGUGUCCGCAGUUAUAAAGGCCACGGAUAAAGAUGUUGAAAUGCCAAACAAUGAAGUGCGGUAUGAGCUAAUUCAUGGCAAUUAUGAUAAUAUAUUCUAUUUGAAUGAGAUUACGGGAGAAUUAAUACUUCGAAAGGCACUCACUGCAGUUCAAUAUUCUGCAUACAACUCAUACGGAAAAUAUGAAAUUGCAUCGAAUGAAUCAGCGGACCAAAAUAGACUUCAGACCAUAAUUUCCAUAGAUAGUAUACCAGUUUCACAUAUCGAGAUGCAACCAACAGUACCGUAUUCUAAUAACAGAAUCGGAUUAAGAGAUGAAGAUACCUUUCAGCACCGUAAGAAACGGAAUCACUCAACUGCUGCUACAGUGCACACACUUAUUGCAAGAGCUUACGAUCUGG